AGUGACCGACUGAAAGCGGGGCACACAUGUUUUCUACUAUGUCCUACGCUCACUUAUCGCAGGCAGUUGCCUUUGCAAUCACUUACCGUCUCUUGAUACUGUGUUACCCACAGUGAUGUCGGGGCCGAUACCGCGGGAACCUUGAGAUACGAUUGAUCGUCCUUGUAACUUAUGCGUGCCUGGCGUCUUCUCAUAGGUAAAUUGUUCGUCUGACAAGAUCUGACCGCGUCUUUUUAGGACCACGACGCUCUCACACGUCUUUCCCUAAACUACAUCUCUCUUACUCAUUCAUCCCACCGUUCAUCCCAACUCUCUUUCUCCCUACACUCCUUCACUAUGGCUGGUGGGCUCACCAAUGGUGCCAAGCGCACUUUCGGAUUCUGGAGUAUGGUCGGUGGAGUCAUGAUAGCUCUCAAGCUGAAAGAUCGUUUGGAUGAAUAUAACAAGCUGCCUACCGAAGAUGCCCAGGGUCGUGUUGCCCUCCGUAGCUCCAUUGACGACUCUGAGACUACGCCUUUCCGCGAUGGCGACCUCGAGACCGCGUCCACUCUCGAUACGGAGAUCCCUGGGGCGAAGCAGAAGAGGAAGCGCUCACGGGAGUGCUGCGUUUGCUGCGGCUUAAAGUCUGUAGUUAUAUGCGGUCUGUUCUGGAAGGCGUUUGGUAUCGUCUGCUUGAUCUUCAUCGCCUGGUAUGCCGUCAAGUUGGCUAUGUGGGCAGCAACGCCAUCUCCUACUGGCCUUGAGGGUAUGCCCGAAUACAGCACUUCUCUUGGUUGUGAGAAGGGCAAGUAUUUCUUCGAGGAUCAACAACAGGUGUCUUAUAACGUUGGUAUCAACGUUGGCAAAGCUGAUCACUCCAUUGACGUGCGUGGUGGUGCCGUCGGUACACUCGUUAUUGCUCAAGGAGAAGCUGGAAGUACGAACGUUAAAUACGAAAUGACCCUUCGCUCCGAUAAGCAGGAUCUCGCUUCUAAGUUUUCCGUCACACAUCCUUCCAUGGAGGAGAUCGAGGAAGGCAGCUCACACAGUAGGCUUCUACUGACUACUCCGGGAGUCAUCGUAGAAUCUUGCAUGCGUUAUGAUAUCAAACUCUUUGUCCCGCCUCAACUUAAAAGACUCCACAUUCAGACUCACGCGACCACUCAUAUCAAGUUCGACGACAAUGGCAAUAUUGAUCUCGAUCGUCUCUUCAUCACCAUGUACACCAGCAACCCAGGGAACCUCCUCCUCCCUAACGCUAACAUCAAUGCCAAGGCAUCGACUUUCGAGUUGACUCAAGGAUGGCUGGUCGGUCAGACCAACUUGCUUGAGAGGACUGUCGUGUUGACUCAACGAGGCAAUGCCGUUACCAACCUUCACGUCCAUCCUGUUCCUUCACUCGAGGAUACACCUGCUGUCGCCCUUUUAGAGACUACGACUGGCGCAGGGCGUACAGAUAUUUUCUACGAGAACGAUAGUGGUUCACCUCAUCGUCCCAUCCAAAGCACUCACCGUUCGUCUCGAAAUGGCGAUCUGUACUUGACGUAUAAACAAGCCGAGUUCAAUGGCAAAGUCAAACUCGAUGCGAAAUCAUAUUCUGCUACUGGUUUACGAGGUGGUUUGGAUGGUCGUACAAAUGGGACUGAGUUGCCUUGGGUUGGGAACCCCGAUGGUGGCGAUUCUUUGACGGUUUCGUCUCCUAGAGGCUGGGUUGGUUUGUACUUCUGAUCUUAAAUCAUAUAUAGCGGACGUUGCGCAGAUUGUCUUCGUAUUCUCCUUCCUUUUGUUCCUUCGCUUUUGGGUAAUCAUGCUGAAUUAUACAAUCAUUAAAGUCAAUUGAGUAUCCUUAUUAGCACCUCGUAUGUAUAACGUCCAUAAAGAUGAAAUCAACAAUUGUUUCCUUGGUCUC